AGCUUGUGUCUGAAACGUGUGUCUGUUUGGCGCCGGAGCAAAAACAAUUUUCUUUUUAAAAUAUAUAUUACAUUUACCGUAUAUAGAAAAUUGAGGAGAUAUGGAUGACGAAGAAGAAACAUACCGGCUGUGGAAAAUCCGCAAAACUAUUAUGCAGCUCUGUCAUGAUCGAGGCUACCUGGUGACACAGGAUGAGUUGGACCAGACAUUGGAUGAGUUCAAGAGUCAGUUUGGGGACAAACCCAGUGAAGGACGUCCGAGACGCACAGACCUUACUGUCCUAGUGGCACACAACGAUGACCCCACCGACCAGAUGUUUGUUUUCUUUCCUGAGGAGCCCAAGGUUGGGAUUAAGACAAUUAAGAUGUACUGUCAGAGAAUGCAAGAGGAGAACAUCACCCGAGCCAUCAUUGUAGUUCAGAUGGGCAUGACACCUUCAGCAAAACAGUCUCUGGUUGAUAUGGCACCCAAAUACAUACUGGAACAGUUUCUACAACAGGAGCUGCUUAUCAACAUCACAGAGCACGAGCUUGUACCGGAGCACAUUGUUAUGACAAAAGAGGAAGUGACUGAACUUCUGGCAAGAUAUAAACUGAAGGAGAGUCAGUUGCCGAGGAUCCAGGCUGGUGACCCUGUGGCAAGAUACUUUGGCUUGAAAAGAGGGCAGGUAGUGAAAAUCAUCAGACCCAGUGAAACAGCUGGAAGGUACAUCACAUACAGGCUGGUCCAGUGACAAACAGCAAGUCUUUUGAGUCGGCAUUCUGGACCAAUGAAAGAAAUUCAAGAUCACAACUUUCACCACUUCUCCAUGGACUAUUACUUUACAUGUGGCUUGUCAAGAUAUGGAUAUUAUUACUGAUUUGUGUUAAAUAAAUGAUUUCAAAUGUAAA